AUCCUACUCUUGGCUAGCGACUCUCGGCACGGCUGCUCUAGAUCUAUCAUCACGCCGGACAGAUCGGUCAUUUGAAGGUGUCUCGGAACUUAUGGGGAUUGAUAGUUCUAUCCCAGUCACAAUUUGGCACUCAUUGCUCAAACUUUCCAUCAAUAUGAUGGCUCUGUGCCGAAUUGCUCAGUACCCAUGCUCUUCAAGAUGGACCUGCUCAUCGCGUAUCUCGAAAGACACCUCUGUCCCCAAUCAGUUGUGCCUGCUUACCUCGGCGCCUGAAGAGUACGUGAACAGUCGGUACGAACUCACUAGGAAGGCCGGCGAAGUCGAAAGUACUUGGGAUUUGGAGGAGCGUGCGGCCUGGACGACGACGACAAUAGCGAUGAUGACGCGGACGGGAUGCUCUCGCAGGAGUAGCUCGACGGAUUUCUGGUUCAAAUGCGAAUCGAUUAUUAUCUAUUUUGGAAGCCUUGUUCUGCUUUGCGUGAAGUGUGGUGGUGAAAGUCCGUUUAAAGCUUGGGGAUGUAGUAAACAGGAUGCGCUACUAAUGCUAUUCUAG